AAAAGUGGAGAAGGUUGAAGGAACAAGGUACCCGCCCCAUGGGCAAGGGGACGCCGCAACCAGCCAUCUCUGGCAUGAGAAGCGAGAAGAUGGGGCCAGUCACCUACUUCAGCAUCUGCCUCCUCGGCUGCCUGAUCUUUAACCCCUCGCUGGAAGCGUCUCCCCGCACUGUCCUCUCUCCCCGUCCCUUCCCCUCUCUCGGAUCAGGAGUAGAGGCCAGGUACUGUCGCAGUGGCUGGAAGCCCUUCCGACGCUGUUGCUACAAGUUCUUCCCCCAAAGGAUGACCUGGUCAGAGGCUGAGGUGCAGUGUCAGUAUCUCCACAAUGGGGCCCAUCUCGCCUCCAUUCUCUCUAAGGCAGAAGGGAAUAUGGUGGCCAGAUACGUCAUCCAGUCACGCUCCACGGAUGCUGUGUGGAUCGGACUCCACAACCCCGAGCAUAACAAACGCUGGAGGUGGACAGAUCGCUCCCGCUUUUGCUACAGUAAUUGGAGAAUCGGGGAACCAAACAACCAGGGCGGCAACGAGUACUGUGGUGAGCUGUGGAGACAAACGGGGUUUAAGGAAUGGAACGAUGCUCCCUGCCGCAAGCAAAACGCCUACAUUUGCAAGUAUCGACGCUAACGAGGGGAGUCACUCGCCCGUGCCUGAAGUGGGAGCUCAGCGCCUGGGAUGCAAAAGAACUGGGCUCCUUGGCCGUGAUCGGACAACGUCGCAGACAUUCGGAUGCUUUUGCUGCUUCAAGGGCCAGUCCCCUCCCUCCCUGAGAGACCAGAUCUCACUUCCCCAGCUGCAAACCCUGUUCCCCCAAGUGUCUCUGUUCUAGUUACACACCUGCCCCUUCCCUCCCUUCCCCUCAAUGGCUGCAGCCCACUGCAAGAAUAAACUCU